AUGGAGAGCAGCGAGGAGCCGGUGGCCGAGGCCGUUUUGAGCGGCUCCAGGGCGCAGGGAGAAGCCAGCGGGGAGGAGAAGCCGCGGAGAUGCCUGAGCAGGAGGGGCUGCAAACGCAGAGCGCGGGGAUCCGAGGGGCAAAGAGCCGGCCUGGGCCAGGGAGGGGCUCAGAGCCCCGAGCUGGGGCUCCGGGAGCAGCUCCAGGAGGGGCAGGAGAAGCCCCACGAGCGCUCGGAGUGCGGGAAGAGCUUCAGCAGGAGCUCCGAGCUGGGUGCCCACCAGAGGAGCCACACUUGGGAACAGCCGAGCUCUGAGGGGGAAAAACCCACCCUGGACCAGGGUCAGAGCUCAGAGCUGGGGGUCCAAGAGCAGCUCCAGGAUGGGCAGGAGAAGAAGCCCCACGAGUGCUCGGAGUGCGGGAAGAGCUUCAAGAGGAGAUCCUGCCUGGUUGUCCACCAGAGGAGCCACACGGGAUCUGAGGGGGAAAAACCCACCCUGGACCAGGGUCAGAGCUCAGAGCUGGGGGUCCGUGAGCAGCUCCAGGAUGGGGAGAAGAAGAAGCCCCACGAGUGCUCGGAAUGUGGGAAGAGCUUCAUGUGGAGAUCAUCCUUGAUCAAGCACUGCAGAAUCCACACCGUGCAACAGCUGAGAUCCGAGGGGGAAAAACCCAACUUGGACCAGGGUCAGAGCUCGGAGCUGGGGCUCCGUGAGCAGCUCCAGGAUGGGGAGAAGAAGCCCCACAAGUGCUCGGAAUGUGGGAAGAGCUUCAGGUGGAGAUCCAACCUGUUGGAGCACAGCAGAAUCCACACCGGAGAGAAACCCUACAAGUGUGGGGAGUGUGGGCAGAGCUUCAGCUGGAGCUCCCAGCUGCUUCUCCACCAGAGGAGGAUCCACACCGGGGAGAGGCCCUACGAGUGCCAGCACUGCGGGAAGAGCUUCAGCUGGAAGUCCCACCUGAGCAGCCACCUGAGGACUCACACUGGGGAGAAGCCCUACGAGUGCGAGCAGUGCCACAAGAAGUUCCAGAGCAGCUCCUCCCUCGUCGUCCACCGGCGCUCGCACACGGGCGAGAGGCCCUUCCCGUGCCCCGAGUGCGGGAUGAGCUUCAAGGAGAACUCGGCCCUGGUCAGGCACCGCCGCACCCACUCCGGGGAGAGGCCCUACGAGUGCGGGCAGUGUAAAAAUUCCUUCCCGACCAGCUCCCUGCUGGCCGAGCACCAGCGCAUCCACACCGGGGAGAAGCCGUUUGGCUGCCCCGACUGCGGCAGGGGCUUCAGGCAAAAGUCCAGCCUGGUCAAGCACCGGCGCAUCCACACCGGGGAGAGGCCGUACGUGUGCGGGCGCUGCGGGAAGAGCUUCACGCAGAGCUCCAACCUGUUUGCCCACCAGAGGAGCCACGCGGAGCGGCCCUACGAGUGCGAGUACUGCUGGAGGAGCUUCUCGCAGAGCUCCAGCCUGAUCGUGCACCAGAAGUGCCACACCGAGGUGAGGCCCUACGAGUGCAGGAAGUGCGGGAAGAGCUUCACCACCAGGUCCUACCUGCUCACCCACCAGAUGAUCCACACCGGGGAGCGGCCCUACGAGUGCGGGCAGUGCGGGAAGGGCUUCAUGUCCAAGUCCCACCUGAUUUACCACCAGAGGGGCCACAGCGGGGAGAAGCCCUACGAGUGCGAGCAGUGCAAGAAGAGGUUCCUGACCAGCUCCCAUCUCCUCAGCCACCAGCUGAUGCACACCGAGGAGAGGCCGUUCUGCUGCCCCGAUUGCGGCAAGGGCUUCAGGCACAAGUCCAACCUGGUGAUCCACCAGCGCAGCCACACCGGGGAGAAGCCAUUCCAGUGUCCCCAGUGUGGGAAGGGCUUCACCACGAGCUGCAGCAUGACCAGACACCUGGAGAGCCAGCACUGAGGUGGGAAGAGCUCCGUGGGCUGCUCCAGCUCCAUCCCACACGGGAGGAUCUGCUCUGGAUGGUCCCCAGUGGGCCCAGUUGGGCAGAGCCACCUUGAGCCCUGUUUGGAGGACACCUGGCUGAGGGCUCCUCAUCCUCCUGGAUUUGUCACCUUCUGACCCAGAAAAAUCUCAAAUUUUCCCUCUUUUGGUGGUUUUAAGCAACACUAGAUAGCCUUGGUGGUCUCCAACAUCAAUCCAUCCCACACGGGAGGAUCUGCUCUGGAUGGUCCCCAGUGGGCCCAGGUGGGCAGAGCCACCUUGAUCCCUGUUUGGGGAACACCUGGCUGAGGGCUCCUCAUCCUCCUGGCUCCCCAUGGCCUGGGAUUUUCUUUUUAUUUCUCUUUGUCCUUUCUAAAUCUGAGGUUGGAAAUAAAGACGUUGAACUAAAACAAG